AUGUUGGAUGACAGAAUAGCCUCCAAGGAUUUGAUAAUAGGAAUAAUCUUCUUGUCACGGACGACAGUUGGAAUUGUGGGCAAUUUCUGUCAUCUUUACCAUUACCUGUUCCUUUACCACACUGAAUGCAGGGUGAGGUCCAUCUAUUUGAUUCUCAAGCACCUGACUAUAUCCAACUCCUUGGUCAUUCUCUCUAAAGGAGUCCCCCAGACAGUGGCGGCUUCUGGUUCGAAUCAUUUUUUCAGUAAAUUUGGUUGCAGACUUCUUUUGUAUGUUCAGAGAGUGAGCAGGGGAGUGUCCAUUAGCACCACCUGCCUCUUGAGUGUGUUCCAGACCAUCAUGAUCAGCCCCAUGAACGCCUGUUGGAAGGAUCUUCAAGCGAAAGCCCCAGAGUAUGUCGGCUUCUCCAUCUCCCUCUGCUGGCUCAUGCACGUGUUUGUAAAUUUAAUUUUUCAUGUGUAUUUGUUACAUGUGUCUGGUAAAUGGAGCAUGAGGAACAACAAACGAGGAGAUUUACGGUGCUGUUUCACUGUAGCUCCUGAGAUAGUCACAGCCCCGCUCUCUGCCCUGUUGAUAAUAUUCUCCGAAUUUUUAUUUUCUGGGCUCAUGAUCUGGGCCAGUGGCUCCAUGACUUUCAUCCUGCACAGGCACAGGCAGCGGGUCCAGCACAUUCACAGGCCUAAUAACGUCUCCCCCAGACCCUCUGCUGAGUCCAGAGCCACCCAGAGCAAACUCGUCCUGGUGAGCACCUUUGUGUCUUUUUACUUCCUCUCCUCCAUCUUUCAUGCUUGUGUUGCUCUUACUUAUAAUCCCAGAUGGUGGCUGGUGAACACCACUGCAGUGAUUUCUGUGUGUUUUCCAGAUGUCAGCCCCUUUCUGUUCAUGAGGCAAGACUCGACUAUACGCAGGCUCUGCUUUUCCUGGAUAAGGAAUGUAAAAUCCUUUAAUCAUACCAGAAAAAAAUAA